CCUAGUUUUUUUUUUUAAUUGACAGUUCAUUCGAUUUUACAGUAUUUUAUCUUCGACAUGGCAGCAUUGUGAUAAUUUUUCAAUGACUGAUGAAAUUUUGGUGUUAUUUUAUUUAUUUUUAUUGUGCGGAGUCAUUAGUUUAUACGAAAAAAGCUUGAAUAAAAGUAUCCACUAUUUAAUAUUAACAACAACAUAACGAGUGAUUGUGAAAGAAAUAGUGAAAUGAGUUUGCAAAUGGAGAGUCCCCUAACGGACAGCAAAAUGGAUAUCUCUGAUGCUACAACUUCACAGGGCUCAGCAGGUGUUUCGCCACUUGGUGAAGAUGACGAUCCUGACGCCCCACAAUCACCGACACACAACAAUCACAACAUACAACAAAUUCUCAUAAAAGACACAACUGUAGUAACGAACAACACAAUGAAAGCGGAAAAUGUGAAAAAAGAAAAUGAAGUAGUACCCAAUUUGGACAAUAGACUUGUUCGACCAGGCGCGUUACAAUUAGAUCUUGGACCGCAACAGCGACAAAAUAUUGAACGUACUAUAACAGAGAGUCAUCCUUUGAUGUCGCCCGCAGAUUCUGAAAAUGAACACAGUUCUGCAAAUUCAAUAACAACAAACAAUGAUGUAAAACGCAACAAUUUUCCAGAUGUAGUGCCGCAAUAUGAACACAAGCAAUCGCCGUUGCAGCCAAUUACUAUAACUGAAAGAAAUACGUUGAACAAUAUACGCGGUAUAGUUAACGUACCUACCAUAGCGCACAAUAAGCUCUCCUAUUUACGGGCACACAGUCCUGACCUUUUGAGUAGCGAAUCUGAAGCUGAUCUAUCACAAUAUCACGCAACGGUGGAAUCCAAUUUUCAAAGUGUAUCACUUAUUCCAACUGCUGGCAAUGAUAUGCCGAAACAUGUGCGUCGAAAUAGGAAAACUAUUGCAAAAGGUGCUAAUGGUGGUGAUGACAUCUCAUCACUGGAUUCAAUUUCAAAUCAUAGUUUUGACGAUGAUGAAGAUAUUGAACAUAAAUUAGCAUCUUUAAGCCCUUCAAGUUCAUUAAUUGAUGGUUUAGAUGAUGAUAGCGACGAUGAUGAAGAUGGCGGAGUUGUUGGUUGUAUGGAUGAUGAAGACGAGUAUCCCGAAGCUGCUACCCCAACUCCACAUCUACUUUCAACUUUAACAAGCAAUCCGGAUGGAACAACUGAUCAGCUGCCACAAUAUUCAGCUGCCGAAGAAAGACGAGAUUCUAGAAAUUGGCAAAAGAUAACAUUGCCUGAUGGACGUACCAGAGAAAUAGAUAUGCGUGUGAUUGAGCCUUACAAGCGUGUGCUGUCACAUGGUGGCUAUCUACAAGCGGGCGGCCACAAUGCGAUUGUAAUUUUUUGUGCCUGCCAUCUGCCAGAUCGUUCGCGUGCUGAUUAUAGCUAUGUAAUGGAUAAUCUAUUUCUCUAUGUUAUCAAAACUUUGGAACAAUUGGUGACGGAAGACUAUGUGCUCAUUUAUUUGCAUGGUGGUACCAGUAGACGUAAUGUGCCACCGUUUCCAUGGUUGAAGAAAUGCUACCAACUUUUAGAUCGGCGUUUAAGAAAAAGUCUGAAAAACAUGUAUUUAGUACACCCAACAUUUUGGAUUAAAUCUAUUGUGUGGAUGACGCGACCUUUUGUUAGUGCAAAGUUUUGGCGGAAAUUAGUUUACGUGAAAUCUUUGGAUGAACUUGCCAAACACGUUGUCGUAGAGAAAGCUGCCAUACCUGAAAAGGUUAAACAGUAUGAUGCGCGCCACAAUUGAAAUAAUAAUUAUAUAACUUGCUUGCAUACCUGCCCGUACUAUGGGCUGGACAGGCAAUUAACAUAAUUAGUGCAAUAGGCAAAAGAAAAAACAGCGAAGUUUUUAUGCACAUUUUUCCAUUAGUUAAAACGUUCCUUAGAUUUAUCUUUAAUUCAAAUGUCUGGACAUGAUUAUAGACUAUGCAAUAUUUUUGGUUUCUUUGCACCGCCUUAAAAGGCUAUCAAUUAAAUGAACAUCUAAUGUAACUGGCUCACAGUUAUUUACAAUGUUGUACAUUUUCAGUUCCGUGCUAUAAACAAAAAUAUUGCAAGCAUAACUUAUACACUCGGCGUUAGUUGUUCUUCGGAAAACUUUCACGAUCUCAAUUUUUUUUUUUUUUUACUAUAGUAUUGUGAUAUUUUUCGCAUAUAUUCGCUAUUCUAUUUCUAUCAUUUCAU